AUGAACUCAAGAACAUUACUCCGUCAAUCAUCUCGAGCUUUGAGCUCUUCCCUUCGCAGCUCAGCUGCAAGACAACCUUUGCGUUCUCAAUUCCACAAUAAUACUUCGCUGGCCGCGCAAGUUGCGUCGAGGCAAUUCCAAGAAAGGAGAUUCUAUGCUACGGAACCAGAGGCCAAGAAGGAUGAGCCAGCAGCAGAGAAGAAGGAUGCUGAAGUAGAAGACCCAUCGAAGAAGGCUUUGGAGGCAAAGGAUAAGGAGAUUCUUGAAUUAAAGGACAAGCUCCUCCGCUCCAUCGCCGAAUUCCGCAACCUCCAAGAGCGCACAAAACGAGAUAUGCAAGCUGCCAAGGACUUUGCCAUUCAAAAAUUUGCCAAAGAUCUUGUUGACAGUGUUGACAACUUUGAUCGAGCUCUUACAACUGUUCCCGCAGAGAAGCUCUCCGUUUCUGCCGAAGAACGCAAUGAGCACCAACAAGACUUGAUCACAUUACACGAAGGAUUGAAGAUGACCGAGAACAUCCUCAUGUCAACAUUGAAGAAGCAUGGUUUGGAAAGAUUCGAUCCUUCAGUCGAGUCCGAGAAAUUCAACCCAAAUGAACACGAGGCUACUUUCAUGACUCCUAUGGCAGGAAAGGAGGAUGGUACAGUUUUCCACACCCAACAGAAGGGAUUUAAGCUCAAUGGAAGAAUCUUGAGAGCUGCCAAGGUCGGCGUUGUCAAGAAUACUUGA